AUGGUUUCCGAAUACGACAAAUAUUCCACCCCAUUAUCCUCCAGAUAUGCAUCCGAAGAGAUGUCGGCAAUUUUCUCCCUCAGAAACAGGUUCUCCACGUGGCGUAAAUUGUGGUUGAACUUGGCCAAAGCUGAAAAGGAAGUGGGAUUAGAUGUAAUCACCGACGAAGCAAUUGAACAAAUGUCAAAGCAUUUGACCAUCACCGAUAAGGAAAUUCAAGAUGCUGCUGUUGAAGAGAGCAAAGUGCGUCAUGAUGUGAUGGCCCAUGUUCAUGUCUUUGGUGAGACUUGUCCUGCUGCUGCUGGUAUUAUCCACUUGGGAGCUACUUCUUGUUUUGUCACUGAUAAUGCUGAUUUGAUCUUUUUGAGAGACGCUUAUGACGUUUUGAUUCCUAAAUUGGUUAACGUUAUUGACAGAUUGAGUAAAUUUGCUUUGGAAUACAAGGAUUUGCCGGUUUUGGGAUGGACCCAUUUCCAGCCAGCUCAAUUGACCACAGUUGGUAAGAGAGCUACUUUGUGGUUGCAGGAAUUGUUGUGGGAUUUGAGAAAUUUCGUUAGAGCUAGAAACGAUAUUGGGUUAAGAGGUGUAAAGGGAACCACUGGUACUCAAGCUUCAUUCUUGUCAUUGUUCCAUGGUGAUCACGAUAAGGUUGAGGCUUUGGACAAGCGCGUUGUUGAAUUAUUGGGAUUUGACACUGUGUACCCAGUUACUGGACAAACAUAUUCACGUAAAAUCGAUAUCGAUGUCUUGGGUCCUUUGGCCAGUUUUGGUGCUACUGCUCAUAAAUUUGCCACUGACAUUAGACUAUUGGCAAACUUGAAAGAGAUUGAGGAGCCAUUUGAAAAAUCACAGAUUGGAUCUAGUGCUAUGGCCUACAAGCGUAACCCAAUGAGAUGCGAGCGUGUUUGUUCCUUGGCCAGACAUUUGGGAGGAUUGUUUAACGAUGCUGUACAAACUGCUUCGGUGCAGUGGUUUGAAAGAACCUUGGAUGAUUCCGCAAUUAGAAGAAUCAGUUUGCCCUCGGCAUUCUUGACUGUUGAUAUUUUGUUGUCAACAAUGUUGAACAUCACUUCUGGUUUGGUGGUUUACCCUAAGGUGAUUGAACGCAGAAUCAACUCGGAAUUGCCCUUUAUGGCUACUGAGAAUAUUAUUAUGGCAAUGGUUGAGAAAGGUGGAUCAAGACAAGAUUGCCACGAGGAGAUUAGAGUCUUGUCACAUCAAGCUUCUGCUGUGGUUAAGCAAGAAGGUGGAGAUAACGAUUUGAUUGAACGUGUUAAAAACACUGAGUAUUUCAAGCCAAUUUGGGGGGAAUUGGAUGAAUUGUUGAACCCAAGUACAUUUGUUGGUAGAGCUCCUCAGCAAACUGAAAAAUUUGUCAAGCAAGAUGUGGCUGAUGCUUUGAAACCGUUUGAAAAAUACAUUACUGAAGAACAGGUUGCAUUGAAGGUUUAA